AUGGAAUUGAGCAAGCGCAGCUUCUUUUUGGGCGCAGCUCUGGGCUUGAUUCUGGGCCUUGCCCCAUCCCAGCUUCGGCAAGGCUGCAAGGCUGUCACGUGCCAAAUAUGUCAGCCAUGCCAGCCAUGCUUGUGCCAGGUUGUUGACGCAACCAGCUUCACAGACAGCGUGACGGCCAGUACGACGGCCAGCACCACGGCCAGCACCACGGCCAGUGCCACGGCUACGUUUGUGUCGGCGACUGCGACGGCCACGAUCACCACCACGACCAUGUCCGUACUGGCAACAACAUCGGAGCCCAAUCAUUAUGUGGAUGAUCGGUUCAAGGUCAUUAACUAUUACGUCGGCCACGGGCCCUGGAGGAUUCCGCCUUCAGGGAGGCAUAGCCAGUGCGGACAAGAUUGGCUAAUCAUGACACUAUUGAAUUGUGUCAAAGGCGGGUAUUUCGUGGACAUCGCCUCGAACAACGCUACCGAGUUGUCCAACACAGUGUUUUUAGAAAGCUUCGGGGGCUGGCGCGGUGUUUGUAUAGAGGCUAAUAGCCAAUAUGUUUAUGGUUACAAGCAGCGGACUUGUAAGCUCUACUUGGCUGCUGCCGGAAGCCCCGUAGACACGUUGGUGGACUUUGCCGCGUGGGUCAUGAACGAUGUUUGGGGAGGCAUCGUCGCGCCAGAGACAGACAACCACGACCCUGGCAAAAGGCCGCUAGAGUCGCUGCCGUUGGUUUCGCUGACAGACAUCCUGGACCACGCGGGAGCACCGCGCAGCAUCGAGUACUUGUCCUUGGACGUCGAAGGUGCUGAGACCAUGGUGAUGAGGGACUUCCAUUUUGAGAAAUACACCUUCAAGAUCAUCACUGUCGAGAGGCCCAAGCCAGAGCUGGUGGAACUCUUGGAGCGUCAUGGCUACCGAAAGGUGCGCCGGAAUGCCCACUGGGAUGACGAGCUCUGGCUCCACCAGCCUUCCUUUCCAGAGUUUGACAGCAUCUGGCAGGCGUUUUCGGGAGCGGACCGCGGUGGCCCAUAUCUCAACAGCUCCUGCCUGAGCGAGGCCGAAUUUCCUCAGCCGAAAUGGGAGUUCUGA